ACCUUCGUUCCACUCCACACGUGUCCAUCAACAUUUUACACGUGUCUUCAACUUAACAGAGGCACGAGGUUUCAAGUAUCCUCUCAAACCCUUCCUUAAAUUUCACAACUCGAAUGAUCAGCAGGGCAAAAUGAAUGCAAUCCGAUCAAUUCGAGGUCAGCUACCUUCAGUUUUCACCCCAUCUCUUCAAUCUUCUCUAAGCCACCACAGAAGCUCGUUCAUCAGCUUCAGGCCUACCAUCACCACAAGCUGUUCUUCCAAGCAACCAGGAAACAUGGACCGGAAAGACGAAAACCCUAUAGAAAAACCCGGGGAUGUGAUGUCUGAUUCAUUUGGAGAGGGAUAUGCCACUAGAUCAGAUGAAGAAGGAUUCGGGGGGACUUAUGGAGGGAACGAUAGUUUAUCUGAUAAAAGAACAGGGAAUGAGAUCCAUUCAAAUCAUCCAGAUUAUGACAAGACUCAGGGGAGUGAAGUGAAGGAGAAGGAGAAAUCCAGGCAUCAAACUCACGUACCCAAUUAACUCAAGGGGAAGGGAAGAUGUAAUAGUAGUCAUGAAUUUCUAUUAUGUUUUAAGCAAAAAUAUUUCACUUUCUGUUUAGAUUUACUCUUUAAUCUUUCUUUAUAUGUACAUUAAUGGCCUGU